AUGUUCCUACGCGCUGCACACGGCGCAACACAGGCAGUGGAGGGGGAGCCUGAGCAACUGGCGAAACAAGUUUGGCUCGUCUGUGCUGCGUUGAAGGGUGGAAAAGAUUCAGAGGGCCCAUCGAACUCCGCGGCUUCAGAAGGAAGUUAUGGCGAAGACGAGGAUCGGCAAACAAAGGAGGAAGAAGACCCUUACAUAAACAACGAGGAUGUCAAACGUAUUCUGGGAAGGGAAUCAUCCGGAGAAGGAGGCAGCCGCUGGAGCGAUGGAGCAAGCGGCCGUGAUGAGGGGAAGCCAGGAGAAGAAGGCGACUACAUGAGACCUGACGAAGUCAUGACUACUGCGGGGUUCCCCACCUGUGGGAGUCCUGCGGAAGGGCAGGCGCAGCUUUGCUCCCGUGGUUCAGUUGUACCCGAAGAAUACAGAUUAAGUUUGGCAAGCGCAGUUGUGAAGGAGUGCCUCAGCAGCUGCAUUUACGAAGAGGCACCUGCACUUUCUGGAGAGCCUGCUGUGCUUAGGAGCAUGCGUUUGCUCUUCUUCAUGAAUCGCUUCUGCCUGGAUAGCUGUGUUGCUUUCGAUGCCUUUAUCAACUCCCUCAUGUUACAAGCUGUCAGGGCGGCUUCUGCAGCGUGUCGUGUGGCGAUAAGAAGGGUUGUGGCACAAGUGCAGCUGAAGCGUUUUCGAGUCGUGCGAACAGCUGAUCUGCGACGCAGGCGGCUCGCGAGCGUGAGAAGUCUAGGCUUGGC